UAGUUAUUAAGACAACGUUCACCGAAAACAUUUCUGUUUUUAAUAAUUUACAAUAAUCAGUCAUCAAGGUAAACUGGACUGUUAAAGUGUAUUUUUACUUUUAAUUAGUUUGUGUACAUUAUAGAAAAUGAACUUGAACCGCCAGGAUUGUAAAACUGUUAAGGAGUUUAAUGUUCCAGUGCACUGGGGACAUGUAGCAGUUCUUGCAUUUAGGUCGCCCAUCAUCAUUAUUUCUCACUGAUUGCCUACGUUUGAGAGUACGUGUUCCAGCAGUUGGUAGAACUGAAAGCUUGGGGAAGCCCAGAUGAUCCACACGUUCUGCUACUUCACGGCACAUCUGACAACGCAGGAGCAUACGACAACUUGAUGCCACGUUUACCAAAUAGCUUCUAUUAUAUAUGUAUAGAUUUACCAGGACACGGAAGAUCAUCCCAUUUUCCUCCUGCGUUACCCCUUCAUGCCGUCAACUAUGUAGUGACCUGUAAACUUCUGACAGAUUAUUUUAAAAAAGAGAAAUACAUUUUUAUAGGGCACAGCUUAGGCGCUCAAGUAGCAUACUUGUUUUCUAGGUUAUACCCUGAUCUAGUAGAUAAACUUAUAGCACUUGACGCUUUGCCGUUCUUUCCCAUAGAACCUAAGGACGCUAUAACUAAUGUUAGACUCAUAUUAAACAAAACCGUUGAACUUCAGCAGAAGCUGAAUCCCAGCUAUACUUAUGAAGAAAUUUUAGAGAUUACGAAGAAAAGGAGGUAUAAAGGAGAAAAACUAACCUCAGAGGCAGCUGAACCAUUACUAAAACGUUGUUUAGAGCCUACAGGUGAUGGUAAAUUUGUGGUGACUACAGAUCCGCGGGUAUCAUGGCCAUUUAUUCCAUAUAACGACACGAGAUAUAAACUGGCAAGUCUCAAAACGGAUCCCAUUCGCUGCCCUGUUCUCAUAAUCUUCGCUAAAUCAAACGACUGGCCAAGGAAAACUUUUCAAAAACUUUACGAGCACUUACCGAAGUUGAAAAAUGUCAAUAUUGUAUACAUUGAGGGCAAACAUGAUGUUCACAAUAAAAAUCCUGAAUUAGUGGCACCGCAUGUUUCUAAAUUUUUAUUAGCUCAAAAUUCAAAAAUGUAAUAGUUGCUUUUUUACUUAUUACUGGUUUUGUAUUUAGGAUUUUUAACUGAAAAAUAAAAUAGAUUUACGUGUU